GCCCGCACCAUGCAACAAACUUUCCAUUCCCUCCCCUUUCAGUUCAUUCCUUUCCAUCGAGCUCAGCCGCCCUCUUGGACUCUCCAUGGACGCGCUGGCCGUGCCAGAAGACCGGCCGAGAGGCUGGUAUCUUUCGCUUAUGGCUCCCAACACCAAGGGUCCCAGGUUCGCUUGGCUGGACCCAUCUCGGCUUUAUUGCAACCACCAGGCUCUCUCCGACUGUGUGACAGACCUACUUCAGCCUUUCCAAAACACGUCCAUCGAUCUGGUGGCCGGGAUCGAUGCCAUGGGGUUCAUUCUAGGCUCAGCCAUAGCCACCCGCUUGGGGAAGGGCUUCCUGGCUAUCAGGAAGGCAGGUCACCUCUGCGUGCAGACGAAGGAGCAGGCCUACAAGGACUACUCCAGCUGCCAGAAGCUCAUGGAGGUGCGUCUGGACGUGCUGAGAGCAGGCCUGAAUGUGCUGCUCGUGGACCAGUGGAUCGAGACCGGAGGCACCAUGAAGGCGGCCAUCACCCUGGUGGAGAAGUUAGGCGCCACCGUCGUUGGUGUAGCCGCCAUCGCCAUCGAAAACAGCAAUGGGGGGCGUUGGAUCAAAGACAACUACACAUCGUCACACUGUGUCCCGGAUGAGCUGCAAGCCCAGAUUGACAGGCAGGACCUGGACUCCUUCAAGAGCUUUGGCAGCAGGGGCAGUGCCAGUGGCCCAGAGGGCAUGUCUUCUCCUGUGGGUGGGAACCUGAUCUCCACAUUAUGAGCUAGAAUGUUCACCAAAUCUGCUCAGCUUCCUGCUAGGAUUUUACCUUGAGAUUCCAUUCUAUGCGUUGCCUGUACUUCCUCAAAGUGACAGUAAGGGGGCACUGUUGAUGCUCUGCAAAUCUGCAUCAUCCUCUACGUUAGCAGUCUGCGGUCCUGUUCUGUGACUGUUUUGGAGGCAGUGAACUUCUGCUCACCUUGGUCCUACUGCAUUUAUUCCAUUAACUAGCGGGAAGUCUGUUUCUUAUUAAACAAUGUAACAUGGUUGUCUUUGCAAAAUUAAAUAUGCCAUUUUUUCAGUGAUAA